AUGAAAAAAGUAAAGGACAAAACAAUAAUCUCCCUAUUUAUGUACAGCAUCUCGACUACCGCUAUAGUAUAUCAGAAUUAUAUAUUCAUAUCCAAUUUGUUAAAGAAUUAUCGAGCAUUUGAAUGGUUGUGUAUCAAAAAUGAAGAUGAUAAUAUAAUACAUGGUGAUUUCUUUGUAUGUAAUGAACAGGAAAAUUAUGUUCAAUUUUUAUUAAUUUUAGGAUUUAUUAUUCAAUUUUUAUCAGGAUCUAUAGGAAGUGUAUUAAUAAAAAUAUUUUCUAAAAAAAUUAUAGCACAAGCAGCAUUUAUUUUUUUAUUCUUUGGUUGGAUUAUACUAGGAACUGCUUUAUCAUAUUCAAAAUAUUAUGUUGAUAAUAAUAUAACGAAUAAAAUAUCAUUCGUAAGUUUUUUUUUAAACUUGUCUUUUAUAUUUUUUGGCAUAGGUUCAGAUAAUUCUUACCUACCUAUUAUUUAUUAUAUUAAUGAGAGAUAUCCUGUGGAAGAUAUCGAUAAACAUUUAUAUACAAUUGAAAAUAAUAAUAAUAAUAAUAAAUUACAAAAAUUAAAAUAUAUUUUAAAAAAUAAAAAUUAUAUCCUAAUCAGUACUAUGUCUUCACUAGCUGUUCUAAGCUUGUUUGUAGGAAAUGUUAUCAAUAUUACUUUAAAGUAUCUACCCUUUCAAAACAACGUUAUACUUGUUAUAUUAACGUAUCUUGCCUUGUGUAUUAUCCCUGCUUUUUUCAUAGCCAACUUUUUAGAUGACAAAACAAAUACUUAUAAAAAUGAUAAUCAGCUUGUAUCAGAGGAUAACAUACAAACAAACCAAGAUAAAAAUAAAAUAAAUUAUAUAAACAGUGUGCAUGAUAUAAACAAUUCAUCAAAUAAUUCUAUUAAUAUUCAACACAUACAACACAAACUUGAUAACAUUAAUUUUACCGAACAUGUUAAUGAAAAAACACUACUUACAAAAGACCUGUACAAUUCAGGUGAAAAAAAGGAAAAAGAAAAAAAUGUACAGGCAGCUAGCCAAAAUGUUGUAUUGAAUAUGGGAAAGGAUAAUGAAAUAUAUGAAGAAAAUGAGAAAAGGAGGAAAAAUUUAUUUUAUUUAAAAGAUGUAGAUUUUGGUGUAUUAAAGGAUCAGAUAAAAUCAUCAUUAUAUAUAUUUAUAUUGGUUGAAUUUUUUUUAAUAACUUUUAGUGUAUGUUAUUUUAUGUUUUCUUUAUUUGACAUAUAUGAAAACAAUGUAUUUGGAGAAACAUUGGAUGUAUAUUCAUUAAUAUUACCAUCUAGUUUUAUAUUUACAUUAAUAUUUGGCAUCAUAGCAGAUGUAAUAAAUAUAUCGAAUUUUAUAAGUUUCAAUUUAAUAUUAGGAAUAUUUGUGUAUAUGCUUAUAUAUUUUUAUUAUACUACAGCAAAUGUAACAAUUGGAUAUAUAUCUUUAGUUAUCUAUUUUUUUCAUCAGAGUUUUUAUGCAAAUCAUAUGUACAUGUACAUGUCUACUAUAUUUAAGCAGGAAAAUUUCUCAAUUCUUAUUGGUAUAAUAAAUACAUUUGCCUCACUAGCAUUUUUUAUGUCUUAUAAAAUACAUGAGUUUAUAAAAAUCAAGAAUAAAAAUAGUGUAUAUCCAAAGGCAAUAGCUCAAGGGCUCUUUGUAUCUUAUGUUGUCGUUUUUUUUACGCACAUAUUUUAUAUCAGGAGAAAAAUGCGUUAUCGCAUGAUUUCCCUUCCUUCUUCAAAGUAG